AUGAAUAAUCUUCAAUGCCUCAAUCACAACACUUCCAACCCACUUGAUAAUUACAUCAUAGGUGCAUAAACUAAACUAUAUAGAGCAGUCCAUUGGCAAGGGAACCUUUGGCAAAGUCUAUAGAGGUCUCCAUAAACCUACUCAAUAAUUUGUAGCCAUCAAGAUUCUCGAGAAGAGCAGAAUCGAGCAACCUGCAGAUUUCACUAGAAUCCAAAGGGAAAUCCAUAUUCUUCGCAAACUUCGCCAUCCCAACAUUGUUUAAUUAUAUGAAAUCCUUGAAUCAGACACUAAAAUUUAUCUCAUCAUGGAGUUCGUAAGUGGAGGUGAACUAUUCCAACACAUCGUAAAAAAUAAGCGUCUCUCUGAAAAUGAAGCUGCAGCCCUCUUUUCCUAAAUCAUUGAAGCCAUAGAAUAUCUGCACUCUCUCAAAAUCGCACAUCGAGAUCUUAAACCUGAAAACCUACUCCUAGAAAAUAACAACCUCAAAGUAGUUGACUUUGGUCUCAGCAACGUCUAUACCGAUCUACUUUCGACCCCUUGUGGCUCUCCCUGUUACGCUGCUCCAGAAAUGGUCUCGGGAAUCCAAUAUUCGGGCAUCAAGACUGACAUCUGGGCUAGUGGCAUAAUCCUGUAUGCCAUGCUUUGUGGCUACGUACCCUUUGAAGAUUCGAAUACACGAAAACUAUAUGAGAAGAUCAAGUAUUCUGAUUUCCAAAGACCUUCCCACUUGAGUCCUCAAGUGAUCGAUUUGUUGUAGGGAUUAUUGAAUAAGAACCCUUAAAGUCGGUUGAGCAUAGCCAAAAUUAAGAUGCAUCCCUUUGUUAGGUAAUUCAACUUUGUAAUUUUAUAAGCAAAUACUCCUAUUCCGUUCAAAUUCAUCGCACCUUAGCUAUCAAUUCAAACAUUAUCAAAUAGUUACAAGCAAUCGGAAUUGAUAGUUAAAAAUGCAGAGAAAUGAUCAUGAAUAACAAGCACAAUCCAAUAACUACUACCUAUCAUCUUUUGAAUAAAUAUCAGAAACCAGCCAUGCCGACCUAGAGAGUAAGAACUCAUCAGAGUAUUAAAUCUGUUGUUGAUAAACCCAGCAGUUCAAAUGAUCGUAGACCUAAUUCAAGUGUCUAUCAUAACAAAACUAAAUCAUAUGAAAAUAAUUAUACUACAGCUAUGAUUAUGAACAGAGGAUAUGAUAAUCGCAUUUCAGAAAGACCUAAGUCUACUGAAAGAAGAAUAUGUACAGAAAAUGACAGAUGGGAACGUAUCAAAACUUAGUAUGAGACAAAAGAAAAUUCUUAAAGAAAAACUCACAUGUCGAAACCAAGUAAAUCCCCUGUUAUGUAUGCGGAAUAUAAAUUGAAAACAGCAAGAAUUAUGUGAUUAAUAUAUAUAUUAUAAAUGAAGAAUUAAAUUUCUAGUUUUAUACUCAAGACUUACAACAUUUUAGAAGUAUCCCAGAUCACUAAAUUAGAACAAUAUGUAUGAAGAUAUAGUUAGUUGGAAUGAAGAUGGGCUAUCUUUUACAGUCAAAAAUAUAAGUCAAUUCUCAUCGAUUGUUCUACCCAUCCACUUCAAGCAUUAAAAUUUCUCUUCCUUUAUUAGAUAGGUAGUUCUUGUUAAUUAAUUAAGUUAAACAUGUAUGAUUUUCAUAAAACAAGAGGAGGAAGUGUCAAUGAAUUCAAAAAUGAAUAUUUCCAAAAAGGCAGAAAGUAUUAGCAUAAUUAAUUAGGGAUCUGCUCCAUUAAAUUAAACGAAAAGCACAUAAUGAACUUGUACCAAUAAAUUAACCUGUUCAAUAAGAUUCAUCAGAUUAACUCAAUCAGGUAACAACUAUAAAUUAUUAAUUAAUUCUAGCUCUCCAAAAAAUGUGAUUACUUACACAAUCUAUGCUCCUCACUUCUGGAAAGAAAUCAUAAGGUUAUAAAAGACAACAAAACUCUGUAGAAGUUUCUAACAAGCCAUAACAAACUCUAUCUCCAGGACGAAUUCAAGUAGCCAGAAUAAUUGUGUCUAACAAAUGAAGAACUUACCAAUAAUAUUUAAUGA